CUUUUUUCAUGUUAACUUCUUGCUUAACGUAUAAUAGCAGUCUUCAAUCGAUAACCCAAUUUAACAUAAGGGACAUCACUAUUUCAUAUACCGGACACAAAGUUACUAAUAGUGCGUAACAUGGUAUCGAAUAAAGUUUAUAAACAGUUGGAGGCUAAAGUGAACAAGGAAUACGUUAACUUAAAAUAUUAUUACUUAAGCACGUUCGCUUCGAUGUAAAUAAUAACGAUUUUGUGCCAUGUUCCAUCACUUCAUAACAUUUAAAACUUAACGAAUUACAAUUUAUUUAAAUAUCGUGCAAAAACAUCGAUUUUGAAUGUUAUAAAAUCGAUACAAUUAUCCUUCCUUAUUUUGACAGAAUUAAGACAUGACAGCUGACAACGCAUCUAACCUAAAAUUACUAUUAAAUAAAAACAUAAGGAUUUAAAAUAAAUAAAAAUGUUGUUUCUACAUUUAAUAAGCGUCUUAUCGUAUAUUGUACAAGCGGUAUUUGUAACUAUGGCUGUCGCGGCUGGACUUUAUUAUUUGGCUGAAUUAAUUGAGGAGUAUUCAGUAACAGCAAAAUAUGUGAUAUCCUGGUUAAUUUUUGGUACCGCAGCCAUUCAUCUGGGUUUAAUAAUAUUCGAGGAUUUACCGUUACAUUUAAAUAUGUUGGGUUUGCUACAGCAGUGUAUACAUUGGGCUAUGAUUCGAGAUUUUCCCGUUGUUAAAAUGACAAGUUUUACUCUAUUUGCUUCUGUGAUCAAUUUGGUUACACACCAUUAUUUUGCCUUUAAGUAUUUUGCAAUUGCAUAUCUUCCUUUUUCAGAGGUGUUGGGUUAUUUCACAAUAUGUCUAUGGCUUGUUCCCUUGACAUUAUUUGUAUCUCUGACUGCAAAUGAUUAUGUACUACCAACACGGGGUGAGAAGCAACCUUUACUAGGUGAUAAUAAUGUCGUCACAGAUUAUCUAUCGCGUAAGGCGAAUACAUACAGCCUCCUGUCAUUUUUCAGUUACGCCAAAGAUUCAAUACUACCUCAAAGAAGUAAAAAAGCAUUUUGAAUAUUUUCACAAUUUCAAUAGUUUCAUAAGUUGUAUUCCACUGACUCGCUUUACGAGUUUUAAUAAAUAUCGUAGCAAUAAAUGUCAGAUUUGACAUAAGCACUGACAGAUGACAUUUCAAAGUACGUCAAGCUGUUAAAUAAAAAGGCAAAGGUUAACACCGUACAGCCAAAGUCUUAAUGUUAUUUAAUUAGAUAUUGUAGACAAUUUAGAUUUUGUAAUUUAAGAUGGCUAGCAAAUUAUAUAGCUUUAGAUAAAUAUUAACUUUUAUUAGUUUGCUUUAAAAGACAUAACAAAGAUUGAACUGAUUUAAUCCAAUUUUGAUACACUGCCUUGCCAAGUAGGCUA